CUUCCCCUUCUUUCCUUCUUUUCUCUUCUAUUCCUAUUAAAAUAUGCCUGCUGCAGUAAAGAUAACUCUGCCCAAGUUGGCAGCCAACACCAAGCCUUUCGCCAAUGCUUUGAAGUUAGCUAUGGCAGCUCAAGUGACAGGUGCCAAACUUGUCGAGACUGCCGGAGAAGCCGUGACUUUUGUUGUCUCCAACGACCUCUCUUUAACUGACGCGAAUGCCGCCUUGAAGUAUAUCUUUGACGCCACCAAAUUCGAUGCCACUACAUCUGUCGUGAUUGAAAAGGAAGAAUUACUUGUCAGUCCUCUUGUCAUCAAGAGAAAGCUCGACCAAGCUUUUGCUAAUGUCGAGAGCAUUAUUUCUCAACACGGUAACGCUUUUGCCAAGGCAUCCGAUAAAAUUACUUUGGUCGAUAUUAUUUACUUCGCUACUGUUUUCGAAACUUUCUCUGCUGCCAAAGAACCUAGCAAGUACCCUCUUUUAGAAGCUUGGUUCAAUCUUGUUUCCAAGAACCCCAAGUUGAUGGCUGGUAUUGAAUUUAUCAAGGAACAGUCAAAUAAGGGCGCUAAACCCAAGAAACAAACAGGUCAUGUUGAAAAGAAAGUGACCAAGGAAAUUCCUGCUCCUGUCUACAAUGUUAGUAAGCAAAAGGUGACUGCCAACAUUGAAGCCAAGGCUCUGGACCAAUCUGUCAAAGUUCUUCCCAAGGAUGGAGAACGUAACGUUUUGAUUACUUCAGCUCUUCCCUAUGUCAACAACGUGCCUCAUUUGGGUAACAUUGUGGGUUCCACCUUGAGUGCUGAUGUGUAUGCUAGAUAUUGUCGUGCCCGUGGAUACAAUACUGCUUUCUUCUGUGGUACUGAUGAGUAUGGUACUGCUACCGAGACCAAGGCAUUAGAGGAAGGUGUUUCUUGUAAGGAACUUUGUGAUAAGUAUAAUGCCAUUCACACCAAUGUCUACAAGUGGUUCGACUUGUCUUUUGAUCUUUUCGGUCGUACCACCACUGAGAAGCAAACUCAGAUCGCUCAAGAGAUUUUCUUGAAGAAUUUGGAAAAUGGAAACAUUAUUAAGGAGACCAUGACCCAAUUAUACUGUGAGCAAUGUUCUCGUUUCUUGGCUGAUCGUUAUGUUGAAGGUGUUUGCCCUCACUGUAAAUACGAUGAUGCUCGUGGAGAUCAAUGUGAUGCUUGUGGUAAGCUCUUAAACGCCACCGACCUUAUCAAACCUCGUUGUAAGUUGGAUGGAAAUGCACCUAUUACCAGAGACUCCAACCAUCUUUUCCUCGAUUUGGCCAAACUCCAACCCGAGAUUGAAAAGGCCUUUAAAAAGUCUUCUGUUGAAGGUAAAUGGUCUGCCAACGGUAUUCAAAUUACCCAAUCUUGGUUAAAGGAAGGUUUGAGACAACGUUGUAUUACUCGUGAUUUGAAGUGGGGUACACCUGUUCCUCUUGAAGGUUAUGAGGACAAGGUGUUUUAUGUUUGGUUCGAUGCACCCAUCGGUUAUCCUAGUAUCACUGCUAACUACACCGAUGAAUGGGAGAAAUGGUGGAAGAACCCCGAGAAUGUCAAGUUGUAUCAAUUCAUGGGUAAGGAUAAUGUUCCUUUCCAUUCUGUUAUUUUCCCUGGUUCCGAAAUCGGUACCGGUGAUAACUGGACUAUUGUUAACCAUAUCAGUACUUGUGAAUACCUUAAUUAUGAAGGUGGCAAGUUCUCCAAGUCUCGUAACGUGGGUGUAUUUGGUAACAAUGCUGAAGCCACGGGUAUUCCCCCCUCUGUCUGGCGUUAUUACCUCAUGUCUGUGCGUCCCGAGACCAGUGAUUCUAUGUUCACCUGGAACGAAUUUAUUACCAAGAACAACAGUGAAUUAUUGAACAACUUGGGUAACUUUGUGAACCGUGCUAUUCGUUUCAUUUUUGCCAAGUACGACGGCGUGAUUCCCAAGGCCGAUUUCUCUGGCAAGUUGGAGACCGACUUGAUUAAAGAUGUGAAUGUAUUGUUGAAGCAAUAUGUCGAAACAAUGGAAAGUGUGAAGCUUCGUUCCGGACUUGGUAUUGCCAUGGCUAUCAGUGCUCGUGGUAACUUGUACCUCCAAGAAGCCAACUUGAGCAACGCCUUGUUUGAUGAGACCAGACCCAAGUGUGAUGCUGUAGUUGCUACUGCCGUCAAUUUGAUUUAUAUCUUGUCUGCUGUGCUCAGUCCUUACAUGCCUGCUUCUGCUGAAUCCAUGUGUAGACAAUUGAACGCUCCUCUUCGUACGAUUCCUGAUGAAUUCUCGAUUGAUAUUUUGGCAGGUCAUGUUUUGGGUGGUGCUGAAUACUUGUUUACCCGAAUUGAUGAAAAGAUGGAAGAUGUCUGGAAGGCCAAGUAUGGUACUGGAUCCAGCUAAAUAUAAUACUUUCAAGGCUUUCCAUUCUUAUAUUAAACAUUUUUUCUUUUUUUUUCCAAAAUAAAACGGGACAUUUAACCAGUUAAA